AUGGCAGCAAUAUAUAGACCGACGGAAGCAAUUCAGCUCCUGCGCCCCGCUACCUGGCGUCCGCAUGUAAUCCCGCGCAAACGAACAACAGCCCGCAUCGCCUUCUCCACAUCUCGACCUACACCAACUACCCAUAGCUCCUCUCCUCCUCCGCCGCCUCCCAGAAGACAAGUCACAGUAGCAAAUGACACGGGAACCGUACGCUGGAGCGAGCUCUCACCGGGCGAAAAAGCCGCGCGAACAGUCCAGCAAUCCUUUAACCUCUCCAUCGUGAUAGUAGGCGUCGUCUUAACCGGUGCAGUGGGAUAUUUCCUCUUCAGCGACGUCUUCAGCACCAACUCCAAAACCGCCCACUUCAACCGCGCAACCGACCGCAUACGCCGCGAUCCGCAAUGCCAAAAGCUGCUCGGCGAUGGCUCCAAGAUAUCCGCGCAUGGCGAGGCUUCGUGGAGUCGAUGGGCGCGCAAUCGCUUUAUUGCUUCAACGGUGGAGACCGAUAAUUGGGGUACUGAGCAUUUAAAAUUCAGGUUUUAUGUCGAAGGACCGUUGGGCCAGGGUGUGGUCCACGCUCAUUUGACCAAACGGCCAAGCCAGAACGAGUUUGAGUAUCACACGCUUGCGGUAGAUGUUAAGGGACACCAGAGGAUAUAUUUGGAGAAUGGGGACGAGAAGAAGAACAGCAAAGUUGCGCCUAAGAUCUUCGGGGCGCGGUGGUGGUAG